AUGGGGUGGCCGCCUUGUUGCGAUAAAUCGAAUGUCAAGAGGGGUCCCUGGACUGCAGAAGAAGAUGCAAAAAUACUUGCUUAUGUAGCCAGGCAUGGCACUGGUAACUGGACUUUAGUUCCCAAGAAAGCAGGACUUAACAGAUGUGGCAAGAGCUGCAGGCUUAGAUGGACUAAUUACUUGAGGCCUGACCUUAAACAUGACACUUUCACUCCUCAAGAAGAAGAGAUCAUAAUCAAUGUUCACAAAGCCAUUGGUAGCAGAUGGUCUCUAAUUGCAAGACAGCUUCCUGGAAGAACAGACAAUGAUGUGAAAAACUAUUGGAACACUAAGCUGAGGAAGAAGCUUUCCAAGAUGGGAAUUGAUCCUCUUACUCAUAAGCCUUUUUCUCAGAUGCUUUCUGACUAUGGAAACAUUAGCAGUUUCGCGAAUGUUGGAAACAGUUUUGGAAGAAACAUCAAUACAUUAAUGUCCAAACCUGAAUCAUCUUUAGUGGUUAAUGAGUUUCGGAAUAUUAAUGAGAUGAUCCUGAAGCCAAAGCCAGAACUUUUCCAAGAUAAUUUACGUUUUGCUAACAACAACCCAUCAUGGGAUUUUCAAGUGUCAAACCAGGAGACUAUUCAACCUUAUUUCUCAACUGUAGUCACCUCUUCUUGUUCUUCAUCCUCUUCAUCUACUAUCGCACAAUUAAGCUCAUCAAAUUCAAGUUCCGGCCAACCCUUUCAGUCUCAAGCUGCGCGGCCUGCAUCGCCUCCUUCUCCCUUUAGUUGGAGUGAAUUUCUCAUCUAUGAUCCUCAUAUGUCUAUGGAACAUCAGCAACAUUUAGAGCUUGAGCCUCAGGGGAUGUUGUCUUCAACCAACUCAACUUUGACACAACAUGAACAAGAGAAUUCUGGGGCAUACAACAAAUGUGCUGAUGUUUCUUCAUCUUCCACAAUUUCUUUUGUGGAUGCCAUUUUGAGUAAGGACAGUGAGAUGAAUUCACAAUAUUUUGCUCUUUUGAAUGGCUCUUUUGAUUAA